CAGCCAUCCUCCUCGUUCUUCUCACUCAAGGGAGGACCAGAACCACACAGUAUCCUCGCGGUCGCCGAGACCAGGCGAGUAUCCCAACUUAUAAUUUCGACUCAGGAGUAGACACCAAUGUAGAAAAAGUCCCAGCUUUAUAUUUUCCUUCUUCAAUGGAAUGAGCCUCCCUUCCCUUACUUUAUCUGCACGGUAACCGUUUUUUUGAGGAGGCGUUAAUGCACGGACUCACACGAAUGGGAAUACACACAGCAGCGCCAAACUCACAAUGCGCCCCGAGUGAAGACGGACACUGACAAUACAGAGCUGCGGGCAGAGUAAGAAGCUCGUAUUUUCCGUGGUGUUUUCCCAACUCGGUCACAGUAGUACUUCUGGACAAUUGACUUAUUGAUACAAAAAAAAUUGCUUAACUGCGCGGGCAAGUCGCCUAUUUGAUCCACAACGCAGCCAUGACGUCUCCGGCGAAAUUCCGAAAGGACAAGGAGAUCGUGGCCGAAUAUGAAACUCAAGUAAAAGAGAUCCGUGCCCAGCUGGUGGAGCAGCUCAAGUGUCUGGACCAGCAGUGUGAGCUGAGGGUGCAGCUCCUGCAGGACCUGCAGGACUUCUUCCGGAAGAAGGCCGAGAUCGAGAUGGACUACAGCCGCAACCUGGAGAAGCUGUCGGAGAGAUUCCUCACCAAGACUCGCAGCACCAAGGAACAUCUGCUCAAGAAGGAGCAGAGUGUGUUGUCAGCGGUCAACUUCCUGCUGCUGGCGCAGGUGAAGAGGGAGAGCCGAGACCAUGCCACCCUGUCCGACCUCUACCUCAACAACAUCAUCCCGCGCUUCGCCCAGGUCAGCGAGGACUCUGGACGCCUCUUCAAGAAGGUAGGGCACGCCUUCUAGAGAAGCCCUACUAGAUGCUCGCAUGCUUCGAUGAGGGUACGCUUGCACUCUACGAAUGGGGUCUAUGAAUGGGGUGUUGGAUUGCAAAGAUCCUGACAUGUCUGUUUAAUAUUUGAUUAUGUUUAGUUGGUUACAUGAUGCAUGUUUCAAAGGCUGGCGCCAUCUUUCUGUUGUUGUCACACCGAUAUGAUGAAAUGAACGUAUGCUAUUGCUAGCGAAGUGACAGCUGUGUGCCCCAGCAACACAAGGACCAUCACAUUUUGCCCUUUCGACUGCGCUUUAGUCUCCCUCGGUUGACUCCGGCUACUGCUGGAAUGAUCGCAUUUUCAGAUUGAUUAGAUUGUAUCUCUCACCAGAUUCUCCACUGUGUAUGUGUGAGUGUGUGUGUGUGUGUGUGAGUGUGUGUGUGUGUGUGGGGGGGGGGGGAGGGCGCUGAGAAGACCUAACAGAGAACAUGUGGCCUGUGUUCUCCACUGAGUCCCAUGCUCCCGUUUCCUUCUCAGACCCAGCCUCUUCCUGUCGGGAGAUUUAACGCGUGUAAAUCUACAGAGGAACAGAGGAACCGCAGGAGUAGCGCACAGGGGGUUGAGCGUCAUUAGAGGUCAAUGGAGAACAAUGGGAAAGCCGAGUGUUGUGUGUGUGUGUGUGUGGAUCACAGUGAAUAGGACUACAAGCUCAAUGUGACCUUUUAAUUCUAGUUAAACACCAGCACUGAACCCCUUCCCUGGGAGUCAGCUUUUCAUCUCCAGGCUGGAACGCAAGCAUGCACUCACACACACACGGACACACACAGACACACACAGCGUGAUCAUACAGUCACAGGUGUAAAAGCAAGGGGGUGUGUGUGUGUGUGUGUGUUUGUAAGCCAGCUUGUGAAAUGCACUGGCAGGCCCUGUUGAUUUACAUUGUGAUAUUCUUUGAACUAAACUCUGAACGUUGGGAAUACAAAUACAAAACGCUGACACACACAAAAGCAACACUUUUGUUGCUUCUCUUUUCUCUCUCUCUCUCUCUCUCUCUCUCUCUCUCUCUCUCUCUCUCUCUCUCUCUCUCUCUCUCUCUCUCUCUCUCUCUCUCUCUCUCUCUCUCUCUCUCUCUCUCUCUCUCUCUCUCUUAUAUUUAUAUAUAUAUAUAUAUAUAAUGUUGGUCUUGCUCUGUUCUCUUCAACUCAUGGGCGAGCUACAGGCCUCUUUGAACUUUUCACAUAGUUUCACAUAAUUCCUUUGGUGUUCCCCCCACACACACACACCAAUCCACACACUCGAAGGGAAAGACGUCCUUCUUAAAAGUCGAAGGAGUAAAAUGUAGUAUAGCGGUGAGGUUGCAGAUU